AUGAGAUUGGAUAUUAACAAACAGUUUUCAACCACCUCCGACAGGGUCAAGGGGAUUGACUUCCACCCGUCUGAACCGUGGGUGCUCACCACGUUGUACUCGGGGAAGAUUGAGAUCUACAACUACGAAACAGGCGCCAAGGUCAAGUCCAUCACGGUCACGGACGUGCCAGUGAGAGCGGGGAAGUUUAUUGCCAGAAAGAACUGGGUGGUGGUUGGCUCUGACGACUACCAGGUCCGGGUCUACAACUACAACACGUCGGAGAAGGUGGCCCAGUUCGAGGCCCACCCCGACUACAUCAGAUCGAUCGCAGUCCAUCCUACCAAGCCUUACGUACUCACGUCCUCCGACGAUAUGACCAUCAGGUUGUGGAACUGGGACAGCAACUGGAAGAACGAGCAGACGUUCGAGGGCCACCAGCACUAUGUCAUGUCCAUCGCGUUCAACCCGAAGGACCCUAACACGUUUGCGUCCGCGUGUCUCGACAAGACAGUCAAGAUCUGGUCGUUGGGCACCAACGUGCCAAACUUUACGCUCUUGGCGCACGAGGCGAAGGGUGUCAACUACGUCGAAUACUACCCCCAGUCCGACAAACCGUACCUCAUCACCGCGUCCGACGAUAAGACGGUCAAGAUCUGGGACUACCAGACCAAGUCGAAUGUGGCCACCCUUGAGGGACACAUCUCGAACGUCUCGUUCGCCAUUUUCCACCCGGAGUUGCCGCUCAUCGUGUCCGGCUCUGAGGAUGGCACCAUCAAGGUCUGGAACGCCAACACAUACAAGUUGGAAAAGUCCUUGAACUACGGCUUGGAGCGCGCCUGGUGCAUCGCCUUCCGCAGGCACUCCAACUUGAUCGCCGUCGGGUACGACUCCGGUAACGUCGUGGUGAAACUAGGCUCCGAAGAGCCGGCGUUGUCCAUGGACAGCAUGGGCAAGAUUGUGUAUGCAAAGCAGUCGGAAAUCUACCAGACGGUGGUAAAGUCUACAGAGACCAAGGACGGCGAAAUCAUUCCGCUCAGCCAGAAGGAGUUGGGCUCCGUCGAGGUGUUCCCCACCACGUUGAAGCAUUCACCGAACGGCCGCUUCAUCGCCGUCACCGGUGAUUCCGAGUACAACAUUUACACCGCGCUUGCGUGGAGAUCCAAGGCGUACGGCAGUGCGCUCGACUUUGUGUGGGCCCAAGACGCCAACUCCAACCUCUUUGCCAUCCGCGAGAGCCCGUCCGCGGUCAAGAUCUUCAAGAAUUUCACCGAGCGCCUCAGCAACCCGGUGCAGCUUGUGUACACUGCCGACAAGAUCUUUGGUGGUGCGUUGUUGGCGGUCAAGUCCGAGGGCUUUGUCUCCUUCUUCGACUGGGACUCCGGUAUGUUGGUGCGCCGGGUUGAUGUCGAGGCCACCGAUGUCGUGUGGUCUGACAACGGGGAGUUGGUGGCGAUCGUCUGCGCGGACCAGGUUUACGUGUUGAAGUUCAACAGAGACGCAUUUGUCGAGUGCGUGGAGAGCGGCGAGCAUGACCCUGAGGAGGGCAUCGAGGAUGCCUUUGAGGUACAGUACGACGUGACGGAUGUUGUGGCCUCGGGGAAGUGGAUCGGGGAUGUGUUCCUCUACACCUCCACCAACAUGAGAUUGAACUACUUGGUCGGUGGCGAGAUCAUCAACGUGGCCCAUUCCGACAAGAGCAUGUACUUGUUGGGCUACCUUCCUAGAGACAACAAGGUGUACAUCACGGACAAGGAUUUGAACGUGGUGUCGUACUACCUCUCCUUGUCUGUGCUUGAGUUUCAGACCUUGGUGCUCAGAGGCGACUUGUCCGAGAGCGAGAAGGAGCCAUCGGAACUCACCUCCGGGGACUUGGAUGAGUCCAUCUCCGGGUUGUUGGCCAAGAUUGCAAAGGCCGACAUGGGCAAGAUUGCAAGAUUCUUGGAAAAGCAGGACUACACCACCUUGGCCUUGGAAUUGACCACCGACAACGAGCAGAAGUUUGAGUUGUCGGUUGCCAUGAACGACUUGGCGCAAGCGUUCGAGAUUGCCAAGAUCGACGACGCCGAACCGAAGUGGAAAAAGUUGGGUGAUGUUGCGUUGAAGAAUUGGAACGUCAAGUUGGCCGCAGAUUGCUAUGACAAGGCCAACGACUUUGCCUCGUUGUUGUUGAUCCACACCUCAACCAACAACCAGGAAGCGUUGAACAACUUGGCUGAAAAAGCUGUCGCCAAUGGCCACUACAACGUCGCUUUCAACUGCUACUGGACCAUGGGCGACUUGGGCAAGGCCACCCAGUUGUUGAAGUUAAACAACCGUUUACCGGAGGCCGCCAUUGUCGGGUUGACCUACGGUUUGGAGGCCACCCAGUUGAAUGCACUUGUCAAGGACUGGGAAGCUGACUUGAACAAGAGCGGCAAGAGCCACGUCUCCGCUCGGUUGGCCAACCCGGUGGAUGAUGCCGCCAAAUUCCCGCAGCAGGCCAACCUCAUUGAUAUAGGCCCUGGAAAUGAAGCUAAGGAGGAAGUUGAAGAGGAAGUUGAAGUUGAAGCUGGAGAGGAAGCUGAAGAGGAAGUUGAAACUGAAGAAACUGAAGCCACGCGUUACGCCCCUGUCAGCUCUUCAACACGCUGCUACUCUAAGAAAAAGGGCGCCUCCUCUUCCCGAUGGCUAGAAAGGUCCAGAAAUGACCACCAUACAAAAGAAGCGCGGAUUGCUGGCUACAAGUCCCGCGCUGCCUUCAAGUUACUCAGCCUCCACGCAAAGUACCAGCUCUUCAAGACCGACCCCUCCAGACCUCAGGCCAUCGUUGACUUGGGGUUUGCUCCCGGCGCCUGGAGUCAGGUUGCUGUGCAGGCCACCCAAGGCACCGGUAACGUCUUGGGAGUAGAUAUCUUGAACACGCGUCCGCCCCAGGGGGCCUCGUCGAUGCAGGGAAACAUUUUAAGUAAACACACCCAUGAGCAGAUCCGCACGUUCUUCAUUGAGGAGGAUCCGAUCAUCCAGGGGUUGGUGCGAAACACUCCCGACAAAAGAGACGAAACAGCCAGCCUGGAGGUCGUCGAAGCUGAGGAAGAUAUCCGCACGGUCAGUGUUGAUGGUGAAGACAGAAUCGUGGUUGAUGAGGAUAUAACGUCGUACUACGUGAAGGAGGCGGCCAAAAUCCACCAGGAAGAGGAGAUUGAAGAGGCGUUGAAGAAACUUAGCCUUGAAAACACGGAGACAUCGAAACCACCCAUAGAAACAACACAAAAGAGCCCCGCUAAGAUGAGUAUAAAUCAGCAGUUCCCGGUUGAUCUCGUUAUCAGUGACAUGUGCGCGCCCGUUCCACAACCCCAAGGCGCUUGGAAUAACACUACUAAUAUGCCCAUGUAUAGGUUGGCGAAUACGACCGGAAUUCUGUUCAAGGACCAUUUGAGCAGCAUGGACUUGUGCGAUGCAGCGUUGAUAUUGUGCAUCGACUUGUUGAGAUCAGGUGGGAACUUUGUGUGUAAAUUCUACACCGGUAAGGAGGACGGUUUGUUAGAGAAAAGGUUGAAGAGGGUAUUUAAGAGAGUCAUCAGAGAAAAGCCAGUGGCUUCUAAUGCCGAAUCCAAGGAGUACUACUUUGUGUGCUUAGGAAAGAAGCCUGGUGCGACCAAGAUUGAUGUCUUUAGUUGA